UCUUAUUGUUUUUCUAGUUAUUCAUUGAUAUAUUGUAAUUUCAAACUUAUGGAGAAAUGUAAGAGUUUAUUCUAUGUACCUUAUUUGAUGACAACAUGAAGAUAUUGCUGUUUAUAUAUAUUGCUUUGUCUGACACAUCUUUUGCCUCUGAAGAAAUAAAUCCAUGCAUUAACUACACUACAAUAAACAAUGUCGAUCGUAGAGCAGUUAGUAAUGUUUUAAAGUUAGGUAUAAUUCCAUCCCUGAGUGAUGAUUUCCUUGAUAGUGAAUGGUAUCGGAUUAACAGUGAUGCCGGAGAACAAAUGCCAACUGAAGCACCAGGACUGUUUCAUUGCGGAACAUGGUAUCCAAUUUGGCUAAAUGGGACUCUCCCAAACAGCGUAGGUGAAGAAAUUCAAGGACAAGUUUGUCUACAAGGAAUUUAUGAAGAAUGUUUCACUUCUUGGACAAUAGACAUAAAGCUUUGUCCUGGAAAUUACUUAGUAUACAAUCUAGUCGAAAGUACUAAUGCAAAUUCAGCAUACUGCUUCGGCACAGCCGCUGUUAAUAAAGAGGUGACAACAACUUAUGAGACAACCACAACACAAACUAGUGUUACUGACGACCAGGUCGGAGGUUUUGAACCGUGUAUUGAUCACAAACUGAUAGAUUUUCAAGAAAAAAGAGCGGUAGCUAAUAUCUUUAAUGUUAUAGAAGACGUAACAAUCAGUGACGACCUUUUAGACAGUGGUUGGUAUCGCGUUCAGAAUGAUGAAUGUGGGACAAUGCCAACUACCGCACCAGGAUUAUUACAAUGCGGAACAUGGUAUCCUAUAUGGCUGGAUGGUCAGCUACCAGUCAGUGUUGGUGAGAAAUCACAAGGAAAAGUAUGUAUGCAGACGUUUACCAAUAACUGUACCUACUCGUGGGAUAUAGGCAUCCAACUCUGCGAUGGAGGUUACUUUGUAUAUAAUCUAAUGCGUAGUAACAUUGCUUCGUCUGGAUACUGCUUUGGUACAACAGAACUAUGUGCUGUAGAGAAUUCAGAUGGUGUUAAAGAUGUUAACGAAACUGAAGAAAGCAAGACCAAAAUACUGAUGAUAGCUUUGAUACUUGUUGCGAUUGUUUUUCUUGUUUUAUUGUGUAAGAAAACGAAGCAACCAGAGAAAAUCCGAAGUUAUCUGGCUGGAGGCAAGAUGCAAACUGGAAACGUACAGAAAAUGAAAUGCAACAAAACAGGUGAUAGUCCACCACCAUAUAAACGCGGAGUCUCGAUUUCAAGCCUAUCACCACACUUUCUUCUGGACAACCCACCACCGUAUUGUAGUCGAGAAUCUUCAAACGUUACCAUUGGAGAGACAGAAGCAGCAUGUGAAAAGGUUGAUCCUUUUGCAAUGUUUACUGUCACAAAUUAACAUCAAAAUGUAACCUUGAUGUUUAAUGUAUCAUUUAUGUUACGAAUACAUAUACUGUUAUAUUGCGUUAAAAUGUUCUA